AUGGCAAAACUUACUGAUGAUGCCGACUACGAUGCCGGCGAAACGUUUGAGAAUGUACCAAAUUCACUGUCUGAUGCUGGGAAUCAUGACAACUACUAUGGCAGACGACUUCGGUCUAGGUGCGUUCUACUAAUUCCCCCUCACACCAAGACCAAGUUGCGACAACGAUGUCAGUCCACAUCUAUACAUCUAAAGGAGACUGCGACCAUACCAGAGGCCACAACAUCUUGA